AUGGUAUCGCAAGUCGUAUCUCGCGAUAGAGUCGAAGUGUCGAGCGUCCCCGGACGGGUCGCCGGUCCCCGUCACCCGGUGUGCCGGCCACCUAUCUUUCAUUGCACGUACGAGGCGCGGGGGGCCGGCCGCCGCGCGGCAUACGGAGCCAUCUUGCCAGCGGUCGUCGAAUCGCUCGCGUCUCCGACACAAAACGCUAUUAAUUCGCAC